ACGAAAUCCUGGCCGCUCAGCGGGUCUGGUUUAAAAUUCAGCCGUGAGGUGGAGGCAGGUGUUAGCCGCGCUCCCUGCGAGAUGGCCGGUGGCGGGCAGGGGGCGAGGGGCUGCGGAUUUGUAGCUGCAAAUCGUUCGCGCCGGCUCUGCUCGCUCCACAAAAUCACACGGGCAUCUACCCCUUCCCAAGCGCUGUUCCCUACCCUUUUGGGGCUAAAGGCUCUGGGAUUUGCACCGAGAGAAAGCGCCAAAAAGAUCUGGCACCCGCCUCAAUUAAAAAUCUGCCUUCCCGGUGGGAGAUGCUGAAGGGGAACGCGGGUUGUGAGAAACCGGCUGCCGAGUUCCUGAAAACUGGAAUGGCGAAGCGAACCCGCCACUUCCCACAGAUAAGGUGAAACGUGUUAACCCCAUGAUAAGGAUGCUGCUCAGGGAGCGGAGAGGGAGGAAGGAGGAUGUUGGACUCAGCAGAGACACAAGCAGAAUUGUUGGAACGGCGAGGCGGCCGGCGGGGAGGUUGCGGGGGGCCGGCGUCCCCCGCCCCGUCUCAGCGGGCCGGUUCAUCGCCGCCCUCCCUACCUGACCGGUGCAGGCUUUCCCACCCAAACCUUUCCAUUUCGCCCCCAUCCCUCGCCCAGCCCCGGGGAUUCUUCCUUACGCGAGAAGUAGGACGGUGGCCACCUCAGCAAAAGGUGUUUUUUUUGUUUUUUGUUUUUUGUUUUUUGUUUUUUUUUGGAAGAGGGAAGCCAGGCCCUCACCGCAGCCACCGUGGGUGAUCACGGUGGUGAUGCGGCAGUUCCCCUCAGCCCGAGCGACGUGGGGGACGGAGCGAGCCAGAGCCCCUCAGGUAGCCGGGUGGGGGAAGGGGGGGGCAUGGAAGGGGACAGGGCGCACACCAAAGUCACAGGUGACUUGUUCCAAUUAGUAGCUGUCUAAUUAAAUUAAUGUUACGCGGCCCAGCCAAUGGGCCGGCGGGGGUGGAGGGCGAUGAUGAGGCAGCCCGGCGCAAGCCCCUCCCCGGCGGCCCGAGGAGCCCGGCGUGCUGGUAUAAAUCGCCUCGGCGGAGCAGCGGCGAAGCACAGCCCUGCGCGGCCAGGGGUCGGGGUCGACUCAGGAUUGAGUGGGAGCUCGGACGCACCGCCCAUCGAGGAUGCAGCUGGGUGAGCCGCUGCUGACGGCGCCAGGGGCACUGCCGGGCGCCCCCUUCUACCCGCUGGAGGGCGGCGGGCGCGGCGGAGCUGCCGGAGCAGGAGCCGGGACGGGCGCUGCUGGCGGCUCCCGCGGGCAGCCCGGUCCGGGAUCGCCGCCGCGCCUCGACCUGGACAAGAUGCCUAAGAAGUUCGGGGCGGCCCCCGCCAUCCUGGGCGAGGCGGAGGCAGUCGAGCCGCCCUUCGCCGCCCCCAAGCCGGACGGCCGCAAGGCCACCCCGUGCGGGGACGAGGAGCUGCCCCCGGCCGCCGCCGCUCGCUACUCCAUGGACAGCCUGAGCCCCGAGCGCUACUACCUGCAGUCCCCCGGGCCGCCCGCGGCCGACCUGGGCGGGCCCUGCGCGCUGUUCCCGUACCCGCCGGCGGCGCAGCCCGGCGCCGUGUACCAGCCUGCCGGCGGGCCGCGCUACCCCUACGGCUCCGUGCUGUCCCCAGGCGGCUUCGCGGGCGCCGUGUGCCCGCCCGGCGGCCGGGCGCAGUUCGGAGGCGGCGGCGGCUACCAGUACGGGCAGACGACGGGCGGCGGACCCCUCUACGGCCCCUACCCGCCGGCGUCGGGCUCCUGCGGCGGGCUCGGGGCUCUGGGGGUGCCGGCCGCCGGCCCGGGGAUGCGCGCUCAGGUCUUCCUCUGCAACCGGCCCCUUUGGCUCAAGUUCCACCGGCAUCAGACGGAGAUGAUCAUCACGAAACAGGGCCGGAGAAUGUUUCCCUUCCUGAGCUUCAAUAUCACCGGCCUCAACCCCACGGCCCACUACAACGUGUUCGUGGAGGUGGUGUUGGCGGACCCCAACCACUGGCGUUUCCAGGGGGGCAAGUGGGUGACCUGCGGCAAGGCGGACAACAACAUGCAAGGCAACAAGGUCUACGUUCACCCCGAGUCGCCAAACACCGGGGCGCACUGGAUGAGGCAGGAGAUUUCUUUCGGGAAGCUGAAGCUAACGAACAAUAAAGGUGCUAACAACAACAACGCGCAGAUGAUAGUACUGCAGUCCCUACACAAGUACCAGCCCCGACUUCACAUUGUGGAAGUGACUGAAGAUGGUGUUGAAGAUCUGAAUGAUUCCUCAAAGACUCAAACAUUUAUUUUCCCCGAAACGCAGUUCAUAGCAGUUACAGCAUAUCAGAACACUGAUAUUACACAGCUCAAGAUUGACCAUAACCCUUUUGCAAAAGGCUUCAGAGACAACUACGACUCCAUGUACACAGCUUCCGAAAAUGACCGAUUAACGCCAUCUCCCACGGAUUCUCCUAGAUCCCACCAGAUCGUCCCUGGCGCCCGGUACAGCGUGCAGCCCUUCUUCCAAGAGCAGUUUGUCAACAACCUGCCCCCGGCCAGGUUCUACAACGGCGAGAGAGCCGUUCCGCAGACAAACGGCCUGCUGUCCCCGCAGCAGAACGAGGAGGUGGCCAGCUCUCCCCAGCGCUGGUUUGUGACGCCCAUGCAGCAGCCCAGUGCCAACAAACUGGACAUGAACUCCUAUGAGACCGAGUAUUCUCACAGCACCUUGCUCCCCUACGGCAUCAAAUCGCUUCCCCUUCAGACAUCCCACGCUCUGGGAUACUACCCCGACCCGACGUUUCCGUCCAUGGCAGGCUGGGGGAGCAGGGGCUCCUACCAGCGAAAAAUGACGACAGCACUAACCUGGACCUCGAGAACAAGUCCUCCGGGAUUCACUGAAGACCAGCUUUCCAAGGACAAGGUGAAAGAAGAAGUCGGCUCGUCCUGGAUAGAGACUCCACCCUCUAUCAAAUCUCUAGAUUCAAAUGAUUCUGGGGUCUACACAGGCGCUUGUAAAAGAAGACGGCUUUCCCCUAGCACUUCCAGCAACGAGAAUUCCCCAACGAUGAAAUGUGAGGACAUUAAUGCUGAGGACUAUAGCAAAGACACUUCAAAAGGCAUGGGCUACUAUGCUUUCUACAAUAGUUCUUAAAACAUCUUUUUUAUUCCAAUUGGCUGAUUUUUUUUUUAGGGUUUUUUUUCAGGGUGGCCUUGGGGUUUUUUUUGCAUUACAAUUGCCAAAAAGACUCUUGCCUUCCACCUUGAGUUGUUGUGUGCAAUUCUAAAGAAGGUGCCAAAGCUUUUUGACUGUUGCAGGUAACUAAAGUAGGGAAUGAGCAAACAAUGGGAGAAUUCUUCCCCUUGUUGAGAAGGAAGCAUAUGCAGAAGCUGUGAGUGUCUAAAUAUGUGGCAUAUUUAUUGGAGACACUAAAGUUUACAGUUUGGGUUGGCUCAGAGGCCUGAUCAAAUCUAUGCACUUCUGAGCAAGGAAAGAGGGGGUGGGAUCCCAAAUUUAAUUUUCUUCCCUGCUUGAUAAAAGGGAACUGGGUUGCAGGGAAGUGCACAAAUGCUAUGUUCUGCUUUAGACUGAGCUGGUUUUUUUCAACCCAUCCACAACACAGUUGGCUGAGUUGGAUAUUGCUCAGCUACAGCUUUUUUUUGGCAGAAAAUGCCAAAAUAAGGCCUGCUUGCCAGGCAGGAUUUUGACUUGAAGGUCUUGUUGCCAAUGACAGGAUUACAAUGACCAAAUCUGACUAUUCUUAGCUUAGAACUUGCAUUAAAAAAAACACCCUGCCUCCAUCCCAACAGCCUAACCUUUACUGAGGUGGCCAAAAACAAAGUGUACAGUUGUGUUUUGUCUAGGUACACUGUGUAGAAUAUUGUGGAAUAAUGUAUAAAUAGUUGACCUAUAGCUGUUCAGUUGGAAAGACAUCCGGUGGUGAUUUGAAGUUCAAAAGGCAUUUUUUUGGUUAAGCAAACUUAGCAUAUGAAGCAUUGCACAAGGAGAUUUCUAUUUAUGUGUACGUAAAGUGACUUUUUCAGCUGCCCUGUAUGAAACUGGAAGUGAUGUAACUUUACCCAUUCUUGCCUAUACUUUCAGCCAUUUUAAACUGAUCAGCCCCAGAGCAGCUGGCCCACAAACUUUUUCCCCUCCCAAGAAACUUGUUUCUGUUUUAUUUUUUUUCUAUGUAUAUAGUAGUAAUUUUUAAUAAAUGUGGUGGUGCCAGGCAUAAAGAAACUAUGGCUCUGCCUCAUCUUUGCUCUGCUGAGUGUCCCAAAAUGGGAGGAGGGAGCACAAUCCUUUGGGUUGUUGUCUCUAAAUCUAACCAUCCUUUGCACUGCUGAUGCUUUAUCUGUUGCACUCUCUGCGUGAAAUUUCAGUUUAAUUUUUUCGUUUCUUUUAAAAUGUCUCUUGGCUCUUGCUUUGCCACGGUUAUCCUGUGCAUCUUCUGCACAAGCCGGGAGCUCCCGGCUCCCCCCAAAAUACGACGGUGUCCU